CUCGACCGAUCUCUUGUUAUUCGAGGGUGGCAUGGCCAGGGAAAGGAAAGGGAAUGACCGCGGCCGUGGACGCGAUUGGCGAUGAACCAACAGGAAGAAAAAUGACAUAACGCAAGGGGUUACACGCAUACGUAUCGUGUGUUGACGUUGACGGCUUCUUGGUCUCGCGAUUCGGUUCGCUCCGUGGAUGUUUCGAUGACGUAAGAAAAAAUAAUCAUAAUCACUGGCUCUUUCACUCCUUCGUUCGAACGUGUCACUUUUCCUUUUCUUUUUUUGUUUUUCUAGUUUUGAUUUGUUUAUUCUGACAACAGUGGAGGGAAAAAUGGGGAAUGCCAGGGAAGAAUGGAAGAGGGGAGACGAUAUGCUACGAGUGAAUACGCGAAUGAACGAAGGGUGAAGAAGGGGAGGGGGUAGAACGGUGCAAAAGUUUGUAAUUACGAUAGUUUGCACGUGGGAGUGAAGAUGUACGGUAAAGAAAGCAAAUCUGUUCAGUUAAAUCCAUUACUCAUUUUUGAUAGUAAUUUAAGUGCUUAUGCCAGUGAACUAGUUUGAACAUACAUCCUUUGUGGCAGAAACAUUAACGUGAAUAUAGGAACAUACGCUUCUGUGUGAACUGUACGUGUUGACAUAUGAACAUGAGAAAUAUGCAUAUAAACAAUGACAGUUUAAUCAAAAAGAUUAGUGCAUAGAAGAGAAUUUAUUGCUGGGUGUAACUACAAGUUUCAGAAUGAACGUUACGGUGGCUUAUACGGAUACAAGUAGUUUAGCUGGAAUUAUGGGCCUCGAGUCCGAGAUAAGGAUGGAUAAAGCCGGGAACGUUUUGGAUAAUGACCUUGACAUUUCACCGGUCACCUUAUCGUCGGCAUGGUCGAGGGUAGCUAGACUCCUUUUACUGGCCUCUAUGGCUGUUGCUGGCAGCGUUGGUAACGUCUUCAUGAUUUCUGCAGUGGUUGUUGAAGAUCAACUCAAAAAACGAGGGAAUGCAUUUCUGGUGAAUGUCGCAUUGGCAGACUUGUUAGUAACAGGCAUGGUGAUACCCGUAUCAGUGAUUGUGAUUCUGGCCGGACACGAGGAAUCAUUAAGCACAUGUCGAUUCGAGUGCACCCUGGAAGCCCUUUGUUUCCUGGUCACGGUUCUAACCUUAGCUACCAUUGCUGCGGAAAAUUAUACCCGUUUGUGUCUACCAGCUGAAAGAUAUGCCUCUUUGACACCUAGUCGUGUAACAGCAACGAUCAUUGGUGUCUGGUUGAUAUCCAUAAUGACGGUGGUCCUGCAGUCAUCCUUGGAUGUAGGACCGGACUUCUGUCGACGUCGAUUCAGCGGAAUAGCCAUGGAGCAAAUAAUUGGAGCUACUCUUCUAGUCGGUUUGCCAGCAUUGAUAACGACCUUUUUGUACGUGAAACUGGUGAUUCGCGUCCGGCAUGCGACGAGGGGUUCCUACAAGCCACCGAUCACCUUCUCCUGGGACUACGAGCUCUGCAAGGCUAAUAUGUACAGCUGCGUGAUGUUCGUGAUAUUUUGGUUACCAUUCGGCAUAGCCGUUUGCGUGAAUUCCUUUCGACCCAUAAGCGCCCGUGUUCUUUACAAUUUAGCCUGGUUCGCUCUUUCCAAGUCUUGCUUCAAUAAUCUAGUGUACUGCGUGGCAGACCGCCAUUUUCGCAAUGCCUACGUGAAGCUUUUCCAUUAUUGUUGCUGUAAAACUACCGUGAGCUUCUCGAGGAGAACACGAGGCGAGGCAGGAAGAAACGCAAGCGAUGUACGCUUUAAGGUUCACAUUAUCCAGUCCUAUGCGAGUCCGGGGUCAUAUCGACCCCCCGUUAGUAGACCAAACGGACGCGACGUUUAUGAGCUUUAGCGUUUCAUUACCCGUGAUGUUUUAAAACGUACUUAUUACCCAAACGUAUUCUUUUCGUUCAGCGGUUCAGAACAGGACACAUCCUUGGAAAAUAUGGUCGCCACCUCCUUCGAUUUUAGUCCAGAAGUGUUUCUCUUUUAAUACUAAUCUCCGGACUUCUGUUUUAUUGCAAGGCUAACAAGUAAAAAGAAGAAAAAUCUUAUUCUUUUUCUCUUUCGUUCUGUAAUCUCCGGAUUACGUAUUAUGACACUUCGUGUUUUAUAUCGUAAUAAGGUGGCGACCCUGGUGGGAAUUCUUAAGUUGAAAAAAUCAAGUAGAACGAACAGGUGGAAGUUUCAGAAAAACAGAAUUUAAGUGUAUUGCUAAAAAGUACAACGCGCGGGUAACGGAAGGUUAAACUUAAGGUUGACGAUCAAAAUUGUACUUGUACAAAAUUACAUCCUCGUCCACGCUAACGAUCGCCGUCCAGUAAAACCUUCUUUCUCCAUUUUGAGUUCCUUUUUAUUCAGCUACCUCUUCUCUGAGAUGCUUCCAUGAUUAGUCGAAUUCUUUGUUCUUUAAGGUUAUAUUUGUUCAACCCAGAAUACAUUAAAUAGUUAAUUAUUUUAUAUAGAUAUUUUAGCAAUAAUAUACCAGAGAUUUAGGUUUGAUACAAGUAUUUAUAAUGGUACUAUGGCGGUGCUUCCCAUACAUAAAUACUCAGAUUAAUGAAUGGCACUACAAAAUACAAUAACUUAUAACCUUCAGUGUACACCUCAUAUUCACCUUCAUGAUUUACUGAUAAAUAUACUUCAGUAUCUUUCUGUUUUGUAGAUUAACUGCCAUAGUACUAUUAUACCUUCAAUUUUAAUAAAUGUUUUAAUGAUGGUUUAUUGAAUCUGUCGUUUAAGAUAUCUAUAACAGAAAAAUAGUAUGGCUACUACCAACUCUGGCACUAAUGAGUCUUUGCAUAAUUUAUGCUUCUGUUUUCAGUGUAUUGUCUUUUAAAGCAUCGAAGGAAAAUAUGUAAGGAAUUCUAAUUGACACUGAAACAGGCAAUCACCGUCCAUUGAAAAUCAUACUCUGUAUCUACAUUUUGUUUGUAUUAUUUAUAUUCUUGCUACAAAUUGUUUUAUGAUGAUACAUAUCUAACAAAACAUUUGUCAUGGUUGCUCGUUGGACAACUUUGUGAUUCAGCUGAAUUUUAGUUUUUAUGCCAAAAUGAGAACACUAUAUUAAUAUAUAAAGUACAGUUGUUUAAUUUCAUAUAUGAAACUGACAAGCAAAAUCUCUAUUUUUCAAUAGAAACUAUUUUGUAUUUUGUUAUUGUUUGUAUAUAAAAAUUUAAAUGGAAUGUUAACAAACAAUUUCAUAACUUGAGUAUAUAAGUUUCAUUAUUUUCUCCUUAAUACUGUAUUAAAAGCACACAAUUAUUAAGAAAUAUAAAAAAUAUGAUAAAUAUAAGUUGCAAGAGAUUUGUUUUAGAAAUGCUCAUUGAAGAUCCAUCCAACAAAGUAUUAUGUUAUUUUUGCAUCUCUGAUUUAAAUUAUUAAAAUAUAGAGAAAAAAGAUCUAAUUGAUACAACCUAAAUCAUAAUUUUGAACUACACAUCUGUAACAAUUAUAUCACCUUUGUAUUUCUAAAUAUACUAUGAAACUUUUAUAUUCUAACAUUUACAAUGAAUAUGUUACCUCAAAGUUAAAAUCUAUAUUUGAACAACUUUAACACACAAACGGAAAGUAAAACAAGCCUAUUUAACAAUGUCAUACAGUCUAAUAUGUUAGUGUUAACAAUAUUUUUCCAUGCUACUAUUUUGCUACAGAAGAGUAUAUUUUCAAUUCCUCGUUUUGCUACAACUAAAUAAAAAAUUUGACAAGAUUUUUCAAAAAAUCAUGGAAUAAAUAAUACUUAUAUACACUUUUUUGAAUCAACUUCUAUGGUGAUAAAAAUAUGAUAGCCAAUUGUGUAGAAACUAAAUUGUAUUCUUUACAUAUAUGUUCUUGAACAUUGUACGGUGUUUCAGAAUUAUUGAACAAGUUAUUGCGCAUGUAGUCUACAAUAUUAUAGAUUUUUGUUAAUUUUAUUUACAAAAAUCUUACGAUGAAGACUGUUUAAGAAUAGAAACACCUUUGAAAGAAUCAAAAAACAACAUAGAAGCUCAGAAAUAUUGUAAUGAGAAAUGCAUUAGAAGGCUAUAAAUGAACUCCAUUCUAACAUAGAUACAUUAAUGCUCUAGGAAAUUAAUGGAUAUUCUUGUUCAAUGUGAAAAAUGUGACUGAAACUUGAUAUCACAUUUAGUAAAAUUUUAAUUUCAAUUAGAAGUUAAAAAUGACGUUGAAUGCUAUUAACAAGAUUGAUUAUACAUACUAUACGAUUUCAAUAUUAUAAUCAAAAAUAAAAAACAGAAAUUUACAUGUUACUCGUCCAUAUAUGAUAGAUAGUUUAAACAUGUUUAUAUCAGUGAGAAGUUUUGCAAAAAGCUAUUUGCAUUUACCUGCUUGCACUUUUUUUUUGUUAUUCUCUAAAACAAAUUUACUCAUUUCAGUGAUAAUAAAACAAAUUGAAAACAUCAUCUGGACCCUAAAUAAUUAAGUUACAAAGUAA